CCGUCGGGAGCGGAGCUGGGCACGGGGCAGCCCCGCGGCCACGGCCCGGGCUGCGCGGGCGAGGGGUGGCCUGGGCCGGGGUCUUCCCGGGGACCCGGAGGGACGAGGGCGGGGGGACGGGCUGUCAGGGCGCUGGAUCGGGUGUCCCCUUGUCAAACUGCCCGCGGGGACCCUGCGGUGCUGCGGGGCUGUGGGACACGUGGUUUGGCCUAAAGCUUUGGCUCCCAGAGCCCAAAUCUACCAAAACGCAGCUUUUCUCCUCCUUCCUCCCUGCGGGGUGACCCUGGGAGCAAAGACCCCCCACAGAGCGUGGGGCUGGGUCCCAGGCUGGUGCCCAGGAGGUCCCCAUCCCACCCAGCCGUGAUGUGCCCAUCGGGGACGUGGUGCUGCCACGAGGUGCCACCUCCUCCACUUGAUCAAGGGGUGGCUGCUGGGGCUGGGUCCCACCCUGUCCCUCUCCAUCCCGGGGACCCCCCUGGGAGGGGGUGACGGGCACUGACCCGCGCCGCGGGAAACCUGGAGCUUACCCCGCUGGGUGAGGUGCGGCCUUUCUCAGUGCCUCAGUUUCCCCUGGCAUGGACAGGCAUGGCUGGCGGGGGGGAUGCUGAGCCCUGGUUGUUCCGCUUUCCCCGAGCACAGCCCCACUCUCCCCAGAGCCAGAGGAAGCAGCUGCAGCCGCCUGCACACGGGGAGCAUCCGGCCCUUCCUCGCAGCCCUCACGGGACCGUGGCCGAGUAUUUACUCCUUCUCCUUCCCCUCCACUGCUGGACUGAGUCACGGCUGCUGCGUCACGCAGCCCGUUUGGGAGUUUCCUAACCAAGUGGAGGAGUUCAUCUGGCUCUGGGUGAACAGCUCUGGGCAGGCAGCUGCACCACGGGGGGUGGCUUUUGAGGACAUCCCCGGCAGGGGGCUGAGCUGUGGGGCAGCAGCAGGGACAGGGAUGCUCCAUGAAGGCACCUGGAGCAGGAGCCAGGAGGAUGCUGCAUCCCUGUGAGGUGCCCACAGUGGCAAGGCCCUUGGUUGUGCCCAUCUGCCUGGGCUGCUUUGUUUCUCCAGGGAGGCAAAAAAUCAGAAGCCCAAUUAGGGGGCUAAUUAUGGAGCAGCAUUUGGUACCUUCUGUUCUGUUAAGCCUGCAGUGCCAGAGGGGCCAGGUGUGUGUGACCCCCAGUUCCCCACAGGCUCUCUGCUCCCAAUCCAUGGGAGCUGGGGCUGAUCAGCACCUUGUUUUCCACCCAGGAAGGGCAGCUGGCAGCCAGAUGCUCUCCUGGCAGCCAGAAGAACCUUUGGCCACCCACAGCAUAACUAGUGCCAGCCUGUGGCCAGGUGGCAGGCCUGGCUGUUGCUGGCUCACCCUGCGGCCUUGGUGCUGCACCACAACAGGUCAUGGAGGUCCAGGCUUGGAGAUCCACCUCCAGGGUGGCUUUGGGGCAUGAUGUCCCCGUGGCCUGGGCUGGGUCCCCAAAGCUGUUCCCCUCUAAUCCAGUAAGCUGCCAGUGUCCCCACUGGGGGAAGGAAAGGCUGGGGUACUUUGGGCUGGCUCUUGGCAGUGGCAGCCCCAGUUCUCCUCACUCCCUGUUGUGUCCAGGAACUUGUUGCCUCCCCAAGUGGUUUGAAGACCCAGCGAUAACCAGAGCUCGGCCACCGCUGGGCCAGAGCUCAGGGCGGGUGGCUCCUCUGCUGUCCCUGGCCCAGACAGGUCUUGGGGAGGUUACAGCUCAGGCCAGCCCUCCCUGGGGGCAGCAGCACACUCUGGGUUAAUUGCUUAUCUCUGAAUAACGAGCCCUGCACGGUCAGGUCAGUGCCAAGGACAGCGCUGGCUGCUGCACCCACACCGGCCUGGUGAGAUGCUAACAACCCCCAAAAGGUCUUCUGAGCAGGAAAACAGGGUUUCUCCUUAAAAUAAUCAGCACACACUCGAGGGCAGCAGCAGUAUGGGGACUCUGGGUGGACUGGGAGCAUCUGCUGCCAAGUGGCAGGCGAUGGAUGCAGUGGUGUGUCCACAGAGAGGUCCUGGUGGAGCCCAGCAGGAGGGCUGGCAGCUUUCUCCCUGCUUUACCCCACGGCUCGGGGGGGCUUUCCCUCCAGCUCUGCAUUCAAAGGUGCUUUGACCCAAAGCUGUGACCAGUUGGAUGGGGCUGGCUGGGCACUCGCUGUAUUUGUAAUGGAAAAACCCCAGGCAAACACUGGAGGCCUUGAGGCUCCCGCCACGCCCCGGCUGCAAGGCAAAGUAUCUCAAGGGCAGCAUGAAUUCCUUGAAGGUGACACUCUCCCUCCUCGAGGACAGCUCUUGUGACCUACAAAGCACAGGAGGUGGCUGGGGCAGGUCUGCGGCCGCUGCCAUGCGAUGCUCCCUCAGGCGCUCCCUCACGGCUGCGCUCGCAGCCUCCUUCCUCCUCCUCCUCCUCCUCCUCCAUGGGGGCACUCGGCAGGAACAGGAUCCCCUGGAGGUGGAGCUUGGCGGCUUGGCCCCAGGCACAGUCCUGCAGAUGCUGCAGCCAGAAGGAGCCCUGCGCAUCCUAAGGGACACAGAUGACCUCUCUGCACUCCACAACAUCUCCUACAACCUCCUCGCUGGCUCCCUGUCACCCCACAAAAAGUUCUUGACGGUGGGAUUGGCAUCGGUGCGGCGGCCGCGUGGCUACUACCUCCCUGCCACACUCCAGUCCCUCUUCCAGCAGUCCACGGAGGAGGAGCUGCAGGAGAUGGUGGUGGUGGUGCACCUGGCUGAUGCAGACCCAGGGUGGAACACGCGUGUGGCCCUGGACAUUGCCCGCAAGUUUGCUCACCACAUCCUCCUGGGCCGGCUGCUGCUCAUUCAUGCUCCCCAAGAGUUCUACCCCACCCUGAAGGGCCUCAAGAGAAACUUCAAUGACCCGGAGGAGCGGGUGAAGUUCAGGUCCAAGCAGAACGUGGACUAUGCCUUCCUCUUUGCCUUUGCUGCCAACCUCUCCUCCUACUAUCUGAUGAUUGAGGACGACGUGUGGUGCGCCAAGUCCUUCCUGACGGCCAUCCACAAGGCGCUGGCUUCCCGGGAAGGCUCCAGCUGGGCCACCCUUGAGUUCUCCAAGCUGGGCUACAUUGGAAAGCUCUACCGCUCCAGUGAACUCCCACGCCUGGCUCGCUUCCUCCUCCUCUUCUACCAGGAGAUGCCCUGUGACUGGCUGCUGACCCACUUCCGCCUCCUGCUCACCCAGAAGGACGUCAUCCGCUUCAAGCCCUCCCUCUUCCAGCACAUGGGCCUCUACUCCUCCUUCCAGGGCACCAUCAACAGGCUGGAGGACGACGAGUUCCAGGCCGAUGCCUUGGACCUUCCGGACAACCCACCAGCUGCCUUUUUCACCAGCAUGUCCAUCUUUGAGAACUACGAGCCCCUCAAGGCUUACGGCACAGCAGAGGGGUAUUUCUGGGGGAAGGACCCAGCAGCUGGCAGCGUCUUCUCCAUCGUCCUGCAGCAGCCAGCUCGCGUCGCCCGCGUCCGCGUGCGCACGGGCUCCCAGGAGCGCCGGGGCGACGUCCUGAGGGCGGGGGUGCUGGAGCUGGGCCGGCAGCGACGGCCCGAUGGCCGGGACUGCUCUGCCUACACCACCGUGGGCACCUUUGAGCAGGGAACCCUGGAGCUGCGGGGGCUGGAGAAGGGUGUUCCCGGCCCCGUGGAGUGCCUGAGGAUCCGGGUGACCCGGGACCAGAGCGAGUGGCUCAUCAUCCAGAGCAUCGACAUUUGGACGGUGGAAGGCACCUGAGCGGGGACGUGGCAGGUUGCAAAGCAGCUGGGUUUUGUACCAAGAGGUUCUUUUAUUUUAUUUUUUCUCACUGCCUUAUUUUCUGAGAAGGAAUUAAAUUAUUGGCUCCCUCUGGCGCUGCCUCCUGGCUCCGGAGGGGAUGGCAGGAGCUGCCGUGGGGCACGGAUGGGGCUGGGAAUGGAGCCCACCGGGCCCUGCCUGCUCGGGGGAUGCUCCAGGGAGCGACGCUGGGGUGUGGGGAGGAGCAGAGGCCUGGGAAUUGCAGGCUCGGCGGCAGCAAACACCUUCCAGGGAGGAUGGUGCACAGGACAGAGCUAAUCAGCUAAUUAACGAAUCAAAUAAUUAGCCAGGCAGUGGUAUUCUUUGCAGCUUUUCAACGCCAUCCCUCCCCCAUCUGAGUUCUCUCAGAGGAAGGGAUGGGGGUGCUCCUCACCUUUCCAGGAUCAGAGAAACGGGUCCACUCGCUGGGAACAGGACCCUACGGCUGGUGGUCGCUGGUGUCUCACUGGCCACCAGAUGGACCCGUCGCACCAGCUCAGUCCCUGCACGGCAGCCACGGCUGCUCCGCUCAGGCCCCUGCCUGUGUCCAGACCCUUUACACAGAUUUCCCAGGGUCAUUUUGGUUGGAAAAGAUCUUCAAGAUCAUCAAAUCCAACCGUUAGCCCAGCACUGCCAAGGCCACCACUAAACCAUGUCCCUCAGCACCACAUUUAAAUCCUUCCAGGGCUCCACCCCUGCCCUGGGCAGCCUGGGCCAGGGCCUGACAACCCUUGCCAGGAAGAAAUUGUUCCCAAGAUCCAAUCUAAACCUCCUCUGGCACAACCUGAGGCCAUUUCCUCUUGUUCUAUCCCUUGUUCCUGGGGAGCAGAGACCAACCCCCCUGGCUCCAA